AUGCAGGUCCAGGAAUUCCUUUUCGUUGCCGCGGUCCUAAUGCCCCAGGGCCUCAGGGCAUUGCGAUACAGCCAGGGCACCGGCGAUGAGAACUGUGAGACCCUGAAGUCGGAGAUCCAUUUGAUCAAGGAAGAGUUCGACGAACUGGGAAGGAUGCAAAGGACCUGCAAUGCCGACGUCAUCGUGAAUAAGUGCGAGGGAUUGUGCAAUAGUCAGGUGCAGCCAUCGGUGAUAACUCCCACGGGGUUUCUGAAAGAGUGCUAUUGCUGCCGCGAAAGCUUCCUCAAGGAAAAGGUCAUCACUCUAACCCACUGCUAUGAUCCGGAUGGAACUCGUCUGACCUCUCCGGAAAUGGGCAGCAUGGAUAUUCGUCUUCGUGAGCCAACCGAAUGCAAAUGCUUCAAAUGCGGCGACUUUACUCGUUAA